AUGUCCUCUGACCUCUCCGUCCCCUCCUUCGCCCUGGCCGUAUUGACGGCCGGAGGCGGCAUCGCCGGCUACGCCCGGACAAAGUCCGUCCCGUCCAUCGUCGCCGGAGUCAGCGUCGGUCUUCUCUACGGCCUCGGCGGCUACCGCAUCCAGAACCGCGAGCCCUACGGCGUCGAGCUGAGUCUGCUCGCCUCGGCGGUCCUCGGUGGCUCCGCCAUCCCCCGCGCCAUCCGCCUCCGCAAGCCCGUGCCGAUCCUCCUCAGUGUGCUGUCUGUCUUUGGUCUCUUCACCUUUGGCAACGAGUUCCGUCGCACGUUGUGA